AUGGGUAAAUCUUUAUAUUUAUUUAUACUUGCAGUUGUUCUUGUUGUUGUGAUUACUAGUAACACGCAUGUUGUUGUUGUUGAAUCAGCACCAAUAUCAUGUCAAAGAGACUCAUUACUCACAGGACAACAGAAUCAAGAUGUAGAUUGGUGGUUAAUCAUCAAGUUGUCAAUGGGUGAUUUAUACCUCUACUAUGAUUCUGAUAUGCAUGAACAUCAAUUUAUGCAAGGUAAAUUCCUAAGAUCAAGGUAUAGUGCAUUUGGACAAGCAUUAAAAACCAUUGAAGAUGAUGCAAUUGAUUAUAUUGGUUUUAAUAAUGAUUUUGGACAUCAGAGUCAAGUAAAGAAUAAUCCAUUUGGUGAAUAUAAUCAUGAAAAGGGUAUGAUUGCUUGGGACCUUGAGCAAGCUAUUUACAUUCAACAUUCUAUUCCAAAGUUUCCAAAUGGUGGUGGCUACUUUAAACAAAACAAGGUUGAUAAAUUUUUCACUAUCGAUACUCAACCAGACUAUCCAGACGAUGAAGAUAGUUUGGAGUUUCUAAGAUUCAGUUUACUUGGAUGGCCACGGGCCAUUGAUGGAGGUGGUUAUUAUACAAUGUUUCCAUCAAAUAUAAUGGGUAGUCGAACAUGUACCAGUACCGGCCCGGGUACAAUCUAUCAAUCAAAACUACCCAAGAUUGGUAAAAUGUUACAGAAUUUUGGGUUCCCCGAUAGUGUAUCAAAACCUCAACCACAAGAUACUGCCAAUGUAUUAAAAUCAGCUUCAUAUGCACAACAUAUAUUUUGUAUGUCUUUGGAUGCUCAAAAUUAUAUAAUGCCAAACAAAUGGAAUGAUAUGCCAAAGGAUAUGAUGUUUGUAACAAAGACUGGUAUUCCACAACCUUAUUUUUCAUAUAAAUUACUGAAAGAUGUACAAAGAGAUGGUGUUUAUAAAAAGGUGAUGAAUCAUAGAGGUGAUGCUACAAAGAAGAUUUAUGCUUUGGCCAAAUACCAAGGUACAAAAAAGAAUCUUUGGGCUGAUAGUCUGUUUAUGGCUGAUGAAUCUUGUGAUCCAGGUAAUGAUGAUUUAGAGGUCAAUCAACCAUGUAUUCCAACUUGGGUAGAAGAUAUUCCUCCAUUAACAUUGACUGCAUACAACCUUGGAAAGGCAUUUGAUCCAGCUAGAUUCAAAUUCCCAAAAUUUACAACUACAUUUGUUCAAGGUCAAUCAUCACAAUUAUUCGCUUGGGGUGCUGGAUAUGGAGAAGAAGCAGAUCACAGCAAGAUUGGUAUUUUGGAAGAUGAGAAUCAUCCAAAUUAUAAAAUAUGGAAUGUUUGUUUUAGUGGUUCAAAUUUACAACAAACAAAGGGUUCAGUAUUGAUAUGUUUAAAAAAAGAUUCAUUAGUUGAAGCAUUUAAAAAUCUUCAGGUCAAUGCACCAGAUGCUCAAAGGUCACUUGUAACAGGUGAUAUUUGGGGAGAGAGGAUAACUGGGCAAGUUCAAAAUUGGUUAGCUAAAAGAUCAUGGGAUCCAGAGGGAGACUUUGCAAAAUAUUUCCAGGAUCAUAGUGCAGAGUUGGUAUGUAAAGCCAUUAAAAAUCCACUGGUGAAAGAUCCAGAUUCAUUCGAACCUAAAAUGUUUGCAAGUCAACCAUUGAACGUACAAAUACUAUAUACAACUAUUAUCGAACACUAUCUAUUUACAAGACUAAAGAAUCCAACAAAUACACCACUCACAACAUUGGAGGCAUUCUUGACUGAAUUGGGUCUGGUCAAACCAGAAAUGCCUGUUCCAGUUCCUCUACAAACACGUAAACAACCACCAAUACCAAUUAUACAUCGUGCAAAUGCAAAUGCAGCUAUUGUAAACAACAACAAACCAGCAGCAGUUAAAAGAUUGGCAUCACAAACAACAAAUAAUCGAAAAGUAGAAGAAGAAGGACCACCAAAAAAGAGAUUCAAAACUGAAGAGAAAAGAGCAGUUAUAGAAGGUAUCAUGGAUGAGAUGGACGAUUUCACAGAGGGGAUCAAAUCAAUACAGAAAAUGGUUGAUUUUGGUUUAGAACAAGCUGAUGAUGAUGAUCCUGAUUUAAUCUGGAUCAAACCAUACUUUGUAGAAAAGAAUUUACAAAUCCAAAAAUUGUGUGAUGCAUUUUAUCAAGCCAAGAAAUUACAAUUGGAAGAAUUGGCAUCAAAAACUAAUCUUUAUGAUUGUGAUGAUGAUGUUGAAAUACCAAUUGAAACUGAUACAACUCCCGAUGAUGGACAAGACCCACCCAAACCACAAGACACAAUAAUGGUAGAGGAAAAGAGUGAUCCUAUCAUUCAACUAGUUGGUCCAACUUCAAAAAAGGAUAUUAACGAUAGAUGUAAUCAAUCUAAAUAA